AUGUUUCGUGUGACCUCUGUGAUGCUUAGAUCUAAAUCAGAGAGCCCAGCAUCUCCUUCUGUGUUUUCUCUGAUGUCCUGCUGCAAUUUCAACAAUGGGGGCCACGAGGAAGACAUAAGCUUGGCCUGCCUCCUUGAAGAAAAUUUUCCAGGCUCUGCAACAAUCACGUGGGAACCUAACGGUCCAGCAAAAAAGUACCCAGGAGAACUCCGCAAAGGAAGCAACAAGGUCUUCAGCAUAAGUCAGCUCUCAGUCAGUCCUUCAGACUUUAAGGCAAAACCGUAUAAGUGCCUUGUACAGCCCAAGACAGGAAGAGAUCCCAUCUCAGCAACCUUCGACUACAAACAUUGCAUUAGCGAACCUCCGAAGCCAGUGCAGGUUCAGAUCUUAACCCCCAACUGCGGCGAACAGGCCACAGAGAGCACUCUAGAGCUGGUGUGCUUCCUCCGGAGCCUUGGCCCCGGGAAAGCCACUGUGGAAUGGCUGAAGAAUGGAGAAGGGGAGCAAGGCAAAGUAGAAGCAACACUGAGAAGGGACCAGGAGAAAAGCCAUGGCUACUCCAGCUUUGUCCGACGGAACGUCAGCAAACAGAGCUGGGACAAAGGGGACGUCUACACGUGUAAAGUGAGCCGCCCACCAAGCAGCCAGAACGUGGCAAUGUACAACACCAGCAACUGCCAUGCUUGCUACGAUUCUAGGCGACAACCUACCAUCUCCAUCAUCAACCCAUCCUACAGAGACCUACUUGAGGGGACGGCGAGCAUCACAUGCUUUGUAACUGGCUCCAACCUUGAAAAUGUCCAAGUAACCUGGGAUGUGAAUGGCAGGCCCAGCACUGGGGGUCAGGCGGAAAUGGGGAAGAAGGCCGCCGAAGGAAUCCAGACCAUGAAACACACCUUCCCAGUAUCUUUGGAACAAUGGAGAAAGGGCACCAGUUUCACCUGCAAAGUAGCUGGAAGUUGCUAUAAAGAACUCACCAAAGGAGUAACAAUCCAAAAGGAUGCACAAACCAUGAAGCCCUCCGUUACCAUUUCUCGAGCCAACCUUGACAUCUCAGCCAACAGUACAAAAGCCCUAAUUCUUGUCUGCGAUGUGAGUGGGUUUUCCCCAGAGGAAAUUAGCAUCUCAUGGAAGAAGGACAACCUACCCCUAAACGCAGCACUGUAUGACAACGGGCCUGUGACACCAGACGGGAAUGCGCACGCCACUUACAGCAUCCUGAAAAUUGGCAGAGAUGCAGCAGGAGGGAAGGGUGGCAGCUACAGCUGCGUGGUCCACCACUCCUCCUCCGACAAGCCACUCAGUGCCAGUGAAAAGGUACCCUUUGAUCUUCCUGUCCCUGUCAAGGUUGAUACCAUCCCACCCUCCUUUGCUGAUGUUUACCAGACCAAGCUGGCCAAGCUAACCUGCAGAAUUUCCAACAUACUCUUUGACCAAGAUCUUCAAGGGCUGAACAUCACCUGGACACGAGCAUCUGAUGACACACCACUGGAGACUGUUCUUGGAAAGCCCAUGGAACAAGAAAGCAGUGAGCUGGUAUUCGUGGAUGCAGUAGCGACUGUGUAUGCGGAUGACUGGGACAGAGGGGAAGCCUUCAUCUGCAAAAUUAUUCACCCAGAUUUAUUUCCCUCCAACCCUGAAGUCAAAUUCCUGAGCAAGCCUCAAGAUGGUAUCCCCUCUGCGCCACAAGUGUACAUCCUUCCCCCGCCCUCGGACCAACUGGCUUUACAGGAAACAGCCACCAUCACUUGCCUGCUGAAAAGGUUCUACCCUAGUGACAUCUUUGUCAAAUGGCUCCAGAAUGAUAAGCCAGUGGAUGCUUCCAAAUACCUCACGAACAAACCCCUGCAGGAGUCCAAGACACCUGAGCUGUAUUAUACCUAUAGCACGUUGACCAUCAAUGAACAAGACUGGAGUUCUGGCAGUACUUUUACUUGCUUGGUGGGGCAUGAGACGUUGCCCUUCCAGACGACUCAGAAGACCAUUGACAAGAAUACUGCUGGCGUCCAUCUAUCAUUCAUGGAUGGGAUUGUGGACAGUGAUGAUUAUGAAGAACUCCAAAACAUCUCAUCAAUCCUUUCCACUUUCAUCAUCCUUUUCCUCGUGAGCCUGUUCUACAGUGCCACCGUGACUGCCUUCAAGGUAAAAUACAUGGGACAAAAAGACUCCCAAAGAGAAACUGACUGUGGGACGGCAGCAGAUGUCUGUCUGCUCCAAUCAAUCUCCAGCCUUGGGUUUGAGCCCCUUAAAGCCCCAGCCGUGUUUCCCUUGUCCCCCUGUUACCAAGACCUCUCCACCGCCUCCCAGGUCUCCAUGGGUUGUCUGGUCGCUGGCUACUUCCCUGAACCAGUCACAGUCCAGUGGAAUUCAGGGGCCAAUGGCAUCCAGACCUUCCCUCCACUGUUUGAUUCAUCGAGUGGCCACUACACCCUCAGCAGCCAGCUCACUGUCCCAGUCAGCAAAUGGAAAUCGGACAAGUUCCAAUGCAAAGUUACACAUAAAGCUGCCAGUUCCGGGAUCAUCAAAGACAUUGCAAGCUGUGAGACACUGCCCGAGCCAAAGGCCCCAGAAGUCCGCCUGCUCCAUUCCUCCUGCAAGCCCAGGUCCAGCGAUGCCACCAUGGAGCUGGUGUGCUUUAUCACUGGCUUCUACCCCUCAGAAGUGAUAGUAGAGUGGCUAGUGGGUGGGAAAUCCGGGUUGCUACCCUCGUUCACUGAGCCACCCAGGAAAGAUGCCAGCAGUUACACCUUCAGCACCAUGAGCACAGCCAACAUUAGCCAAGCAGACUGGAUGGAGGGAAACGUCAUCCACUGUCAGGUUUCCCACAAAGCGACCCAAACCAAGGUGAAAAGCAAAGCCAAGAAAUGUGAAGAUGACAGCAGCCGCCAGUGCGCCAGCAUUAGCGUCUACACCUUACCCCCAACCCCCAAAGACCUGUACAUAAACAGGGACCCCAAAGUCACCUGUGUGGUAAACAAUCUGGAUAGUGCAGACGGUUUGAAAGUGAGCUGGACACGGGAGAGAUCAGGCCCUGUGCAACCAGAUUUACUGGACGUGGCAGAACAGUUUAAUGGAACCUACACUGCUAUCAGCACUCUCCCUGUCACAUCUUGGCUAGACAGAGAGGAAUUCACCUGCAAAGUGGAAUCUCCAAGCUUGCCUGUUCCCAUCACCAAGACAAUUGCCAAGAAGACAGGAAAGAUGGCUGCUCCCAAUGUGUACCUUUUCCCACCCCACCAAGAGCAAAUCAGCGCUCAGUCAGCAGAGCUGUUUGUCAUCUGCAUGAUUGACAGCUUCAGCCCAGUCGAUGUCAAUGUCCAGUGGCUGAAGAAUCACAAUGCCCUGCCUGAAGAUCAGUAUGUCAACACGCCGGUCAUGAAGGACAAAACCAAGAAUGCCUACUUUCUCUACAGCAGGCUGUCAGUCGACGCAAGUGAAUGGGACAGUCACACAUCAUACACCUGCAUGGUUGUCCACGAAGCACUCAGCAUGAAGUUCACCCAGAGGACGGUAGAGAAAUCCCAGGGUAAAAAAUGAUGACCACCCCUCCUACAACAUUGCGACCUCUUCGGCCUACCCCAGAUUUUUCUCUAGUGUUGUCAGAUAAACCCUGUGUAAAUAAAUUCCAUGCAUGCAUGUUUGGCCUAUGGCUGAAUAAAAGAGAACCAACUCACAGAUA